UACGCCGUUGGGUUUUUAAAUCUACAUAAACAAUAAGGCGUUCAUAAGUGUAUAGAACAUACUGCACGUUGUCGGAUACAGCGAAAUUUAAAAACGACAAGGCGUCCACAUCAAAAUAUCACAGACAGUGUGUUUUUAUAUAACGUUUAACCACGUCGUAUAAUGAAUCUGGGCCGUUGGUUUAAAGACGACGGCGAAUUCGGACAGUCGAAAUUUUCCGGCUUCGGUCUUGACUCCAUUCGCAGGUUUGGAAUCUAGAUUUGCCGGACGCGAUUCUUUCCAGAGAUCAGAUCACCGAGUUUCGCAUUUGAAUCCUUUUUUGCAGAUGGAUUGGAGAGGGCAAAAACUGGCGGAAGAGGUGAUGCAGAUUCUGCUCUUAGUCUUUGGCGGUGUUGCUUUCAUUGCUGGAUAUGCAACGUCUUCGUUCCGGACAAUGAUGCUGAUCUAUGCCGGAGUUGUCCUUUUUACAACUUUGGUCACUGUCCCUAAUUGGUCUUUCUUCAGUCGUCAUCCCCUCGAGUGGUUAGAUCCAAUCGAAGCGGAGAAGUAUCCUAAACCCGAAAUGACGACUGUUACUUGGAAGAAGAAAAAGAAUAAGCAUCAUUAGGUUUGUUGAACUUCUCUGUUUGUGAUUGUCUGAUAAGAGCUAUGGUCUCUUUGAACAUUGAUCGGUUGUCUUUAAAAUUCUCAGUCUUUUACCUGCAUAGAUCCUUUUAAUGUAAUGAGAUAUUUUCAAAUUGCAGACCUUUGUGAAAGUUUUAAGCUGAAACGGUUUACAUGUGUUUGAUUUUGGGUUUUAUCUUCUAAAGUUUGCAACUGGGUAUGUGAAAAGGCUGAAUUUUUCAC